UGCCAAUCCGGCCCCAUUUGCACCCGGUUCCCCUCCCUUCCAGCCGUGGGCCCUCCCUGUUCCCCUUAUAAGCAGAGCCAGAAGAGAGAGGGAAACUCUGCAAAUUUGGAUUUCCUGGCUGUCUGGACCUCUUCUCACACUCGUCGCCAUGCCUGCAGAUUACAACGGCACCUGGAACCUCGUCAGCAGCGACAACUUUGAAGGUUACAUGCUGGCCUUAGGCAUCGACUUUGCCACGCGCAAGAUCGCCAAGAUGCUGAAGCCCCAGAAGGUCAUCAAGCAGGAGGGAGACGCCUUCACCAUCAGCACCACCAGCACCUUCCGAAACUAUUUUGUCGAGUUCCGGAUCGGGGAGGAGUUUGAGGAGGACAAUAAAGGUUUGGACAACCGGAAAUGCAAGAGUGUGGUGACCUGGGACAACGACAGACUCGUUUGUGUCCAGACUGGGGAGAAGAAAAACAGAGGCUGGACGCAUUGGAUUGAAGGCGAUGAACUCUACUUGGAACUGCGGUGUGAGAAUGAAGUCAGCCGGCAAGUCUUCAAAAGAGCCUGAUUGAGGACAACUCAGUCGAGAAACCUGUGGACGGAAACACUCACUUCGUCAGAGGAAAAAAGCCUUUUCUCCUUGUUUCCUUUCUGUAAAAAAAACAUAUGAAUCCCAGCUAUUUCCUGGGACUAAAGCGGUGACUGUUACUAUACUUGGUGUAUCCCUACAUUAAAGGCAAUGAUGGACAAUG